AUGGCGCUUGACGACGCAGCUCUUGAGAAAUCCAUCGAGAAGGCGAGGGAUAUCGCUGCCAACGCUCAAGCGAAUGCUAAGAGGGUUGCCGACGACGGAAAUGAGUCUCCAUUAAAGCGCACGGCUCUGGGUGGAAGUGAUGCUGGUGCAACUACCGUUCCCAUGAUGGUUCCUGCAGAGGUGGCCACUGAUGGCAAUACGCCAAUCACAUCGACUCUUCGUGUGCAAAGUGAAGCCGUGCCGAUGCUUAUUGGAGCUCACGGAGAAAGAAUCUCGCAACUGCAAAGUGCAACACAUACUCGGAUUCAAAUCGAUAAGACUGUUUGUGCCGACUCGCCAAAUGAACAGCAGUGCACAAUUUCUGGACUCCCCGAGCACGUCUUACUGGCUCAACGACGUAUUCAAGAGCUGAUGAAUCGCUCGCAUGGGAAUGCUGAGGAGCAUGUCACCGAACAUAUCAUGAUCCCUCCAACUAAAGUGGGACUACUCAUUGGGCCAAAGGGCGCUACGAUUAUCUCGUUGAAGAGUCAAAGUGGGGCUGAAAUGCGAAUUAAUCAAGCCACUACCUGUGUUACGGGCGAAUCAAAGCACUUGACGAUUACUGGAACAAAAGAAGCGGUGGAGAAGGCAAAGGCAUUGGUGGCUAGAACGAUUGAAGGCGUAGCAGCUGUCUACACGAGCGCAUCCCACUCAAAUUCGGCGAUGAACGAAACUCGCACAUCAUUUAGUGGAGAAACUAUACAAGGAGAGAUUAUCGUGCCUCGUAUCGCAGUCGGACGAAUCAUCGGCCGAGGUGGCGAAGUCAUUAAGAACAUUGGGCGUCGCACAAAUUGCCAGAUUCAAUUCAAAAAGGAUGAUGAUAUGUCCGCACAAGAGAGAACUGCAGUUAUUUUGGCUAAAACUAAGGAUUCACUUGUGGAGGCUACUCAGCUCAUCACCGACAUUGUUCAAGCGCCUAGCGCAAACUUUGGUGGAAGAUCCGAAAACGUUGGACCGAGUGAUGGAGGCUAUCGAGGAGCAGGCCGGAUUUGUAAUUGGAAAGGGGGAGAAACGAUCAAACAAAUCAAUGCAGAAUCAGGAGCAUUUUGCCGCCUCGUGGAUGAUGCACAACAUGAUACGCGCACUUUUCGUAUAACUGGAACGCCCCAGCAAGUACAUCAUGCUAAACAUUUGAUCCUUGUAAAGGUUGGUGAUGUUCUACCUGGAUCUCCAAUGCCACCAAUGCGUGAAACGUCAGCUUAUUCCCCACAACAACCUAUGCAAGCAUAUGGUGAACAGCAGCUUCAAUAUUGGCCACAACAAGGUAUGCAUCAUCAACAACAGUGGAAUCAGUACCAGAUGCCGAUCCAAUUGCAAAACGCUGGAGUUGCAAAUGCCUCUUCUCAAAUGUUGCCAAUGAUGCCUAUACAAUGUCAACAGCAAAUCUGCAAUCAAUUGAUGACUGAUCAAUUCCAGCAUCGGCAGAUGCUGCAGCAAUCUCAGCAGUCACAACCCGACUACUCGCGUGCUUGGGUUGAUUACUAUCGGCAACUUGGGAUGCACGAGCAGGCUGAUGCUGUCGAAGCUGCUAUCCGGGCCCGCGGUUUG